CCAAUAUUCGCGGCACCAAAACAUUUUAAAUUAGCAUUAAAACCUUAAAAAUUAAAUUUGGACCACUACAUUUCUUGUGUGCCAGAAUCCUAGUCAAAUUUUGCAGAAUGUCUCGUUUUCCGAGGGGACUGAAGAUCAUCCUGGUGUUGGUGACGAUCCUCCAGGCUCUAAAUAUGACAACGGGAAACCCCCGAGGCGGAAGCAGAAGUAGCAGCUCCAGUUCUGGAUCCAGUUCUAGAUCCAGUUACGGAUCCGGUUAUGGAUCCAGUUCUAGAUCUAGUUACGGAUCCGGUUAUAGAUCCAGCUAUGGAUCCGGUUAUAGAUCAAAUUGUGGGCCUACUUACGGUUCUGUUUCAAGACACUCCUACUCUCCUCCAUCCUAUUCAUCUUUGUCGAAUUUACGUUUUUCGUUUCCUACGAUCGACUUGGGACACAAUUUGCCCAAAGGUCCUCCGCCGGCGUACUCAGCGCAUGAUACCGUGGGUGGAGCACCCACAAACAUUCGCGAGAGGCCGCCGGCAUACAAUACCCGCGACCAGCCACACAGAAAACCAAAUUCCGGAUCUCUGUAUCGCAACCAAUACCAAAGAUGGACCACCUCCAGCUCGAAUUCCAACCGCAAUUACCAGGACACUUAUAACUCCACCAAUCAUUAUAUGUACAGUGGCGCCACCAGCUUACACUAUCCCACAAAUGGAUAUACGUAUCUUAUUCUUAUCUCGACUUUUCUAUAUGUAUGCUGGACCUUAUUGUAAAAAACUAUGUUUAAAUUGUGGCGCCCAGACUAAAGCCCGGUCUGGCAUCACGGCGAAAACAGGUACUAACGCCAAGACCUUACCUGGAGGACGAUAUCUUCUGAUAUCGUCAGACUGGGCACACUGGAACUUCAGCUCCGCGCGCAACAAGCUUACGGCAUAAAAUAACAAUAUAUUGUAUAUAGUAAUUAAAUAAAGCGGUAACUACAUAAGCUACCAUAAAAUCACCCAAACUUAA